AUGGUUACUGCACCUCUCAUUUCCAAUGAGCAAGUCCAGUCCUUUAUUGAUGUUAAUAGUGGUACUCCCUUAAAAAGACAGCUACCAACCUAUCUUGCCUUGCAUAAUAGCGAUACUGCAUCGAUCUCGAAACACGACGAUAAUGCAAAUCUUGAACGACGAUUAUUACGAAAGCUUGAUUGCACGCUGAUGCCCGUGUUGUCAUUGCUAUACCUAUUCUCCUUUUUGGAUAGAGGGAACAUCGGCAAUGCUCGGCUUGGUAGUUUGGAAAAGGACUUGAAUCUGCAAGGCGAUGACUUUUAUAAUGCUCUUUCCAUUUUCUAUAUUGGCUAUGUAUUAUUCCAGAUCCCAGCCAAUAUUGCGCUAAAGCUGCAAGUGGUCACCUUCCAUUGUAAUUGGAACUUGCACAAUUUUCUGGGGGCGACUUACAUGGAACGCCAUAGUAUCGCUGCUACGUUUAAUCUUUCAGGAUUGUUGGCUGCUCGUUUCUUCCUUGGAUGUUGGGAAGCUGGCGUAGCACCUUCGAUCCCAUUGCUUCUCAGUUUCUGGUACCAGCGUAAUGAGAUGGCAGGAAGAAUAUCAAUUUUCUUUGGCUCGUCGACCCUAGCAGGAGCAUUUGGAGGCAUCUUUGCUUGGGUCAUCAUUGGGCAUAUGGAUGGUAUACAAGGUUUGGCUUCUUGGCGAUGGCUUUUUCUUGUGGAAGGCUUGCCAACGGUUCUGCUUGGUAUCCUGUGCUUGAUGUUUUUGCCAAACUACCCUGAUACUGCAAACACACGAUGGUGGUUGACGCCCGAGGAAAAAGAGUUGGCCAUUCGUCGUGUUCCAGUUGCCAGUGAUGAUGCGACAUUUAGCAAAAAGCAAUUCGUGGCCGUGUUUAAGGAUUAUCAGAAUGCGUUUUAUACGUUAAUCUAUAUCAGCGUCUUGGUUUGCAUCUCAUCGUACUCUACAUUUUUACCAACCAUUAUCAGAGACAUGGGCGUACAAUCGCUUCAAGCACAGCUGCUCACCAUACCACCUUACAUUGUAGCAUGCUGCUGCCUUUUUGCUGUAGCAUGGUACUCGGAUCAUGUCCAGCAACGUGGUUUGCCUGCUCUCUUAUGUUUUAUGAUUACUAUCAUUGGGUACGUGUUCUUGCUUGUCGGUGAGCAUCUUGGGCUUCGAUAUUGUGGUGCUAUCUUUGUAGCCUCAGGCGUGUACUCUGCAGUCCCAGUGAUGCUAUCCUGGAUCAAUAACAACAAUCAUGGUCACACUAAACGAGGUGUAUCUUUGGGGUUAAUGAAUGGCGUAGCUCAGUGCUUUGGUAUUCUCGGAUCCCAUAUUUAUAGGAACGAGGAUGCACCCUUUUAUCGACCUGGCCAUGCGAUAUGCUUAGCUUUUACUGUCUUUGCCUUUAUCAUGAGCGCUAUACUCCGUUUCCUUUUGCAGCGGGAAAACCGGCGACGGGAUAAGCUGCAGCAAGAUCAUCAUGCAACGUAUGACGUUGAACUCUAUGACCGCCAUCCAGCAUUUCGAUACAUUCCUUGA